AUGGUCGCUGAUUCGUCCGACAACAACCCGAAGGGCAACGGCGGUGCGGAGAAGAAGAAGGAGCGCACCCGCGGCCAAUUCUUCCAUGUGGGAGACAAGGGGGAGCAAGGAGACGCCUCUGCCAAAGUUGGAGCAGAGCUGCACCCCCUAGACUAUUGGGUGUUGGACACAGGCGCUGCUUGGACGAUGACGCCGCGCAAGGACCUGCUGGACGAAGUACGAGCUGCACCGAUCAAUGAAGUGUGCUCCGCCUCUGGACACAUGUUGAAGGUGGCUGGUGCGGGACGAGCUGCGUUUAAGGGAGCGGAUGGCAAGCCGGUGGUGCUGCACGACGUUCUCUUCGUCCCCGACCUGAAGGCCAACCUUAUCUCCCUCCGUAAGCUUGGCAAGGCUGGGGUGAACACCAACACGGAUGGGGCACGCACUUAUAAGGGGCAGCUGGGCAAUCGGGUGCUUUGGGAUCUGCACGAGAGCAAGGACGUGUACAGAUCUAUGUGGCAGCUGCCGGCCCUGGCGUGGCAUGGUGGGGGGCAGGCUGGAGAGGGGUCUGCAUCCCAGGGGGAGUGCAAUGCCGUUGGAGGGGUUGGUGUGAAAGUGUCGGCCAGAUCUGGGGAGACAGAUUGGGCAACGGCACACCGGCGCUUAGGGCAUGUGGCAAUGCCUUUGCUGAAGCAGCUGGAGAAGGACGGAGCCGUUAAGGGUCUGAAGCUGAACGGACAGCCACCCGAUGACAACUGUGAAAUCUGUUUGCUUUCAAAGUUCAUCCGUUUCCCUUUCCAUAGUGUGGCUGGCAGGAGCAAGAAGCCUUUGGAGCUGGUCCACAUGGACUUGGUGGGGCCGCUGCCGGUGCAAGGGCACAAGGGGGAGCGGUAUUUUCUUACAAUUGUGGAUGACUGGAGCAGACUGAUGUGGGCGUAUCCGCUGAAGCAGAAGGACCACGCCGCCUCCACGAUACGGGACGAUUGGCUGCCAUUCGUGGAGAACAGCGGAGGCCAUUCGAGAACAGGCGGAUGUGUGUGUAGUGAAGCGGAUUAG